UAGUUGAUCGUCCAUGGCUAUACAUUUGAAUUCAAUAAUGGCGAAAAAUAUUCCAAAAAGGUAACUGGACUUUUGAGUAUUUACAAAUUAUAUAAUGCACCAUCACCUCCCAGUUCUUCUCGCUCAGGCUCAACCACUGAAACAAUGGCCCUGCAAUUAUGGGAGGCCCUCAAGGAAUCGAUAACAGCAUACACAGGUCUAUCUCCGUCCACUUUCUUUUCAGUUCUUUGUUUGGGGCUUACCCUUUACUACAUGGUCUCAAAUCUAUUUGGGUCCUCCGAUGAUGGGCCGGGGUCUUACCAAGAAAGGUCCAAAGAACCCGAAGAGAAGGUGCAGCCUCUCCCUCCUCCGGUUCAGCUUGGGGAUAUCGCUGAUGAGGAGUUGAAGCAGUAUGAUGGGUCUGAUAAAAGUAAACCUUUGCUCAUGGCUAUCAAGGGUCAGAUCUAUGAUGUUUCACAGAGCAGGUUGUUUUAUGGACCAGGUGGACCUUAUGCUUUGUUUGCCGGAAAAGAUGCUAGUCGAGCUCUUGCAAAGAUGUCCUUUGAAAAAAAUGAUCUUAAUGGCGAUCUUACUGGCCUUGGUGCAUUUGAGCUCGAGGCCUUGCAAGAUUGGGAGUACAAGUUCAUGAGCAAAUACGUCAAGGUUGGAACUGUCAAGUCGAGCAUACAAGUGACUGAUGGUCCUGAAAUCGAUUCUGCUAAGCCGACAGAAGAUGCUCAGUCAGUAAGUUCUGUCCCGGAAAUUGUGGAAGCCGUGCCCAAUGUUGAUGCGGAUAAGAAAGAGUGAUUUUCGUCAAGGGGCGAGCCAUUAUUCGUGGAGGUGUUAGUAGAUCACAAUAUUUGGCUGCCUGCAUUUAUAGAUGUUCGUCUUUAGAGUAAGAUACACCUUGUAUAAUUGAACUUAUUGAACAUCCAGUUUGUUGUAUUAAAUAAUGGACUUUGCUACAUGAACAUUGGGGACUACAUAAAGGUGUUUAUAAUGAACACCCGGCACCUCGACAUUGGCCGAGGUGCUUGCCACGUAAGGGUCCACAGGCACCUCGGCCAAUGAAGAGGCGCCAGUUGUCCAUUAUGGACACCCGAAUGUAGUUUCCAAUGUACAACAAGCAUAAUCCUUAAAUAAUAAUGUUGUUAUGUCGUUAUUUCUUGGGGGGAUUUUACAUAAUAUUGUCCUUCUGGAAAGAACAAAUUUAUGGUGGCAAUUUGCAACUAUUUGACAAAUUUAUGGUGGCAAUUUGCUACUAUUUGGCGU